AUGCAAGCACCCUCACAACAGGGGCCCCCACCCCAAUUCAGGGGCCCCCAACCCCAGAGGGGCCCCCCAGGGGGUACACCCCAACGACCCAUGCAGCCGCCGCCUCAGCAGCAGCAGCAGCCUCCGCAGCAGGGCUUCCAAGGAAUGGGGGCCCCUCCCCAACGACCUGGGGGCCCCCCAGCAGCAGCUCGUGCCCUCCGCCCUAUGGGGCCUCCCGGUGCGCAGCAGCAGCAGGGACCCCCUCAACAAUUCGGAGGUGGAGGGCCCCCUAUGGGAGGCCCCCGUCCUGGUGGGGGCCCCCCAAUGGGAGGUAGUCCUCAGCAGAGAGGCAUGCAGGGGCCCCCUGGGGGUCCCCCUAUGGGAGGUUCACCUACGGGCACCAUGGGAGGUACUCCUGGGGGCCCACCUAUGGGAGGUUCUCCUGGGGGCCCAAUGAUGGGAGGCCCCCAGCAGCAGAGACCAGGGAUGCAAGGGGGCCCAGGGGGCCCCAUGGGUGGCCCUCCUGGAGGUAUGAGGCCAGGCAUGAACCCUAUGGCUGGGGGCCCCCCUAGGGGCCCUAUGGGUAGCCCUAUGGGAGGUCCCCCUAGGGGCCCCCCAGGUAUGCAACAACCCAUGCAAAUGGGUGGUUCUCCUGGGGGCCCACCAAUGGGUGGGGGCCCCCAAGGGUCCCCCAUGAGGGGGGGCCCUAUGGGUGGAUCAGGAGGAGGUACUGGGGAGACGGGCCCGCCACCCCCUAUGCAGCAGCAGCAGGGGCCCCCCCCUGGACAAGGAGGGUACGGAGGAUGGGCAAAUGCAACAAAAGGAGAAGAUCCUAGUAACAACAAAAUGGCAUUAAAGCAGCAACUGCAGCAAAUGCAGCAAAUGCAGCAGCAGCAGCAGCAGCAGCAGCAGCAGCAGCAGCAGCGGCAUAUGUCGCCUCCUCGUGCUAUUGCAGCAAGAAUUAAUCGACCAAGAAGAAGAAGGUCCCUAAGAGGAUUAGCAGUAUUAAAUGAAUUAGGUACCUUAGGUGUAUGGACAGGAUUUGAUUGGAGGAUAAGAAAGGGAGGACAAAAUAUGCAAAAAAUUGAUUAUGAUCCU